AUGCCUGGACAGCCUGUGUUCCGUAAGGAUCAAUUGGAGAUUAGCUUGCAUAAUGAAAAGCAGCUGAUUAAGGAGGGAACAAUCAAGGAUGACAACCCUCUGGAUCUUAGCCAACCAUUUCGGGAACUUUGUGAUGCUUGUCGUAAGGGGGACUUGAAAGUUUGUCAAGAGAAGAUCACAGAGGGGGUUAAUAUUAAUGCUCGAGAUCCCUAUGACUAUACCCCCUUGAUUCUGUUAGUGACAGGGAAUUGCGGCCAGGCAAGCCUCUGUGGCCAUUACGAAGUGGUCCGGUUGCUUCUUGAAUCGGGUGCGUUGUGUGAGCGCGAUACAUUCCAAGGUGAAAGGUGUCUAUAUAAUGCGCUAAAUGACCGUAUACGAAAUUUACUGCUUGAAUACGACUAUUCGAAGUCUACCGACCCACUUCAACCCCUUGCCGCCCAUAUCACGUCGCUUCUUACGCGGGAUCACCCUAGGACGUCCGAUAUCGUGGUGACGGCGGCAGAUGAGUCGCUCUAUUUGCAUAAAUUCAUCCUGGCUGCACGAUCACCCUAUUUCCGGAACAAGCUGGAAGCUUCUCCUGAGACGGGAACCUGGAAACUUCCUAGUACGAUACCACCACAGGCGUUUGGUGCGGCCAUUAAGUAUCUGUAUUUUGGAGAAGCCCCUCGUGAUUUGAGGAGCGGGCCCGGGACUGGGUUCACAGAGUCUGAGGUUUUUGUGGGAAUUGAUAAAAUCGCAAAGUACCUGGAGAUUAACACCCUGUUAGACAGUAUUUUGGAAAGCGGAGACCGACGAUUAGCCAGGCAGAGGAGGACUUUGGAAAUCGCCAAGGGCAGAGAUCACUUGGAGGAAUGGUUCCGAACGAAUGUCCUCCGGAAUAAGAUUGUGGUUGAAACGUCCAAGGCCGACGAGGUAAAAUGGGAUCACAACAAUGCCAUCUUCGCAGAUGUUCUUCUCCGGUCUGAUGAACUACCUGAAGAUGUAGACGAGGCAAAUGGCACUGCUUCACAGCAGGAUGAGGGUGCCAAUUCUAGCACCAUCCCAAUUGGUCCAGUGGGAAAACAAUCAACUCGAAGAUCGGUCAUAUUUCCCUGUCAUCGGGCGAUGCUCCUGCGAUCGGAUUUUUUCCUUACCAUGUUCUCCUCCUCUUUCCGUGAAGCCCACCUGAAAGAACAUUUGAACAUGAUUUCAGUGGACUGCUCUCCGGAAGUCCUGGAGAUAGUGCUUACUUUCCUUUAUACAGAAAGGGCCGACUUUCCUCUUGAUAUUGCCGUUGAUGUCCUGUUUGCCGCUGAUAUGCUAUUCAUCGAGAAGCUCAAGACAAAAGCAGCCAUUGUGAUCAGUACGCUUGGAAGCGGCGACAUGUCGCAGGCAGAAGCUGCCAAGACACGUGGAACAAAUGAAGAAGACGACCUGGAUAUAUAUGCAAUCAUACAUGCGGCAUGGAUGACCCGGGUUCAGCGACUGGAGGAAUUCGUGGCCCGAUAUCUGGCAUAUAGGCUGGAAGCACACAUUGAUUCUCCCGAAUUCUCCGAGUUGAUCCAAGAGUCAGCGUCUCGGAUCCAAGGAAGACAAGAGACCGACUCCAUCGAGCUGCUGGAUGAUAUCCGGUUCUAUCUAGGAGAGCGUUUCAGGCUACGGUUUGACGACGCUGGGCUUGAAGAGAUGAUGGUAGAGGACACCCGACAGCAAAUACAAGCGACUGAUGAGAAUGUUGAGAAAGUCGCGGGCGGAGUAGAAGCGAUCCAACUCUCGAAGGAGCACGACAACAAUGACGUAGACUCCGCCAACACAGCACUAGAACAGUCAACCCAGACAAGACCAGGCCACGCUCCUAUCAUCCGGACCUUGGAUGGUGAGAUCGCGGGAGACGAAUUCACCAAGGACGCGAUUAACUACGAGAUUCUCAUGGCCAAGCUCGACAAGAUCCUGGAGAACCUGAACCUGGAUGCUUGA